AGAGCCAGUGAGGUGAUUAGACACGCCGAAUGCCAUUGGUGUGGACUAUAAAAUAGUCGGCAACUUAGUUCCGUUACAGCAACUUAUGCUCGAACGCAUAAAAAAACUGCGGCUAUCAUUUAUUUAUUAACAAAAAGCAUGGAGCAGUUGGCACAGUUUGUGACCAAGUCCUUUGAGUUUAACUUAACCAACAACAGUGUUCACGCUUUGUUCAAUUCGAUGACGGGCGCGCGUAUCAAAAAGCACACGGAAGUGAAAAACGCCAUAUUCAUAAAUUCCCUCAGUUCCGGCGGCAGUUACGCCGAAACUUGCGCGAGUGGCGAAGAAUCGGUGGAUAUUGACAUAACCGACUUGUCCGUUUCGGAGAGCAAUACGAUUCUCGAGGCUGAUCCGGAGCCACCAGAAGAAUCCCAAUCACAAUCACAAUCCCAAACCCAAUCACAAUCCCAUCAGGAGGAGACUGUAGUGGAAUCGUUUCGCCUAAGCCCAACUUUUCGCAAGACUGUGGAGACUAAGCCCAAAAACUGGCUAAUAUCGGAGGAUUCGAAUGUGGAGUCGCCGGCGGAAGAUCCGAAAGUUUCUGCGGUGGUGACCGCCAACAUAAGCGAGUGCACGGAUGACAGCAAUACGCCGAAAUUGGCGCCCGACAAGCCGGCAAUAAGCGACAAGUGUGGCUCCCCGGAACCAAGUGGCCAAAGAAUCCGGGAGCACUGCGACCACCUGGACUCGUCGGUGGUCAACACCAAGCAGCGAAGAUCGCGGACGAACUUCACACUCGAUCAGCUGAACGAGCUGGAGCGACUCUUCGAGGAGACGCACUAUCCGGAUGCCUUUAUGCGGGAGGAGCUCAGUCAGAGGUUGGGGCUCAGCGAGGCCAGAGUGCAGGUUUGGUUUCAAAAUAGAAGGGCGAAAUGUAGAAAGCACGAAAACCAAAUGCACAAAGGAUUCCUGGUGGGCAGUCGUAGUCCUCCAAUCGCCACUCCACUGGAACCCUGUCGCGUCGCACCCUACGUCAGUUUGGCCGCCCUUCGAAGCUCAUCCGUUCCGUCUCAUCCUCACCCUCAUCCUCAUCCUCUUCCUCUUCCUGCUGCAGCGUCGAGCUCGAAUCCCCAAGCACCCAGUGGCACGAGUUCCGGCGGCAAAGUGGUCAGCGUGGAGUCGCCUCACUCUCCGGCGAUAUCGCGAUCGGCCAUCAAACAGUUUUCCAACACCGUUGCAGCCGCCGCCGCUUUUUCUGCAUUCGAUCCAGCAAUUAUUUCCGUGGCAGCUCAUCAGUAUGCUGCUGCUAUAACCAAUGGAACCGUGCCGACUGGACUCUUUUCUGUGCCACAAUACUCCAUAAAUCUGGCUGCUUUCGCCGCCGCGCACAGCAAGAGUUCCAGCAUAGCGGACCUGAGGAUGAAGGCCAAGAAACACUCAGAAUCGUUGGGACUUCAGGCAGACGUGGUUCUUUAGUAGACAGCUUCGCAUAGAUUAUAGAAAUGUACAUUCAAUUGAUGAAAUGGUAAUAUUCCGUCAAUCAUCGUAAUAAUAAA